AUGCAUGAGGGCAAAGAGAUUUGCUGUUAUGACUGUCCACAGUGUCCUGAAGGAAUGAUUUCAAAUAAGACAGCAGAUGUAGAAAAGUGCAGCAAAUGCCCAGAUGAUCAGCAUCCAAACAAGAAUCAAGAUCAAUGCAUCCCCAAAUAUGUAAACUACAUGUCCUUUGAAGAGCCUUUGGGAAUUCUUUUGGUUUCUUUGGUUCUUUUCUUUGCUCUGAUGACCCUUGUGAUAAUAUGGAGCUUCUUUCAGCACAAGAAUACUCCCAUCAUUAAAGCCAAUAACUGGGCCAUUACUUGUAUCCUCCUCUUCUCUUUGCUUCUUUGCUUUCUCUGCUCUUUGCUCUUCAUUGGCAAGCCUGGGGUUAUCAUUUGCAUUCUACGACAAACACUAUUUGCCAUUGUUUUUUCUAUUGCUGUUUCUUCAGUUUUGGCCAAAACCCUGACAGUAGUUUUAGCCUUCAUGGCCACCAGGCCAGGAAACAGGAUGAGGAAAUGGUUAAGAAAGCAUUUGGCAGUCUCAGUCAUUAUUAAUGCAUCUCUCAUUCAAACUCUUAUUUGUGCCUUUUGGCUGGCUAUCUCUCCCCCAUUCCCAGAAUGGGACAAGCACUCUCAGAUGGGAGAGAUCCUAAUGCAAUGCAACGAAGGCUCAGAUGUGAUGUUCUUCAUUGCUCUCAGCUACAUGGGACUUCUGGCCAUCAUCAGCUUUAGUGUUGCUUUUUUGGCCAGGAAGUUGCCUGCUACUUUUAAUGAAGCCAAACUGAUCACCUUCAGCAUGUUGGUCUUUUGCAGUGUUUGGGUGUCCUUUGUCCCCACUUACCUGAGCACCAAAGGGAAAUACAUGGUGGCUGUGGAGAUCUUCUCCAUCUUGGCCUCUAGUUCUGGAUUGCUGGCUUUCAUUUUUAUCCCUAAGGUCUACAUUAUUUUCAUAAGGCCUGAACUGAAUACCAAGGACCAAUUGGUGAGGAAAAAGAAUCCUAUUACUUCUUGA